CCUCUCCCACGCCGCACCCUCAAUCCGCCCGAGCUCCUGCCCAACGGAGGUGGCCGCGAGCUGGGCGCGAACUUGCGCGGGUCCGCCGCCGCCCGGUGGCCCGAUGAGCUGCACCAGAAUGAUCCAGGUUUUAGAUCCGCGACCUUUGACAAAUUCAGUCAUGCCAGUGGAUGUGGCCAUGAGGCUCUGCUUGGCUCAUUCGCCACCUCUGAAGAGUUUCCUGGGCCCUUAUGAUGAUCUCCAACGAAGAAAUUUUGUGAACAAGUUAAAGCCCUUGAAAUCAUGUCUCAAUAUAAAACAGGAAGCCAAAUCACAGAAUGAGUGGAAGCAGUCACAUGACCAAACCAAGAAGCGGGUUGUGUUUGCUGACUCCAAGGGGCUCGCUCUCACCGCCAUCCAUGUCUUCUCGGACCUCCCAGAAGAACCAGCGUGGGAUCUCCAGUUUGAUCUCUUGGACCUUAACGAUAUCUCCUCUGGCUUAAAACUCCACGAAGAGAAAAACUUGAUUUUAGAUUUUCCCCAGCCUUCAACUGAUUACUUAAGUUUUCGGAACCACUUUCAGAAGAAUUUUGUCUGUCUGGAGAACUGCUCUUUGCAAGAGCGAACAGUGACUGGAACUGUGAAAGUGAAAAACGUGAGCUUUGAGAAAAAGGUUCAGAUUCGUAUCACUUUUGAUACCUGGAAGAGCUACACUGAUGUGGACUGUAACUACAUGAAAAAUGUGUAUGGUGCCUCAGAUAGUGACACCUUCUCAUUUGCCAUUGACUUACCCUCUGUCAUUCCAACUGAGGAGAAAAUUGAGUUCUGCAUUUCUUACCAUGCUAAUGGGCAGGUCUUCUGGGACAACAACGAGGGUCAGAAUUACAGAAUUGUCCAUGUGCAGUGGAAACCUGAUGGAGUGCAGACACAGAUGGCAUCUCAGGACUGUGUAUUCCACCAGGUGCCCCCCAAGACUGAGUCAGAGACCUCCAUCUUUGGCAGUCCAAGGCUGGCCAGUGGGCUCUUCCCAGAAUGGCAGAGCUGGGGGAGAAUGGAGAACUUGGCUUCUUAUCGAUGAUUAAGUAACCUAGUGACUGGUUUUGACCUGGCAUAUUUCCCAUGUAAUUCUCGGUCUGUAUUGCUCAAUAUUAGGAAGUCUUUGCUACUUUCCUUCAGUAGGUUUAGUUUUGAGCUUUUGAGACCUGGCUAUAAAAAGAUAGCCACUUGAGAAUUUAGUGUUGAGGUCUAUACUGCCUAGUAUUGCUUUGGAGGAUCAAGUAACAGCCUGGAACCCUAUUUUUGUAAAAGCAAUACUGUUCCAAUGCCCUUUCUCCUUCCAUCUCAAUUCACUAGCUUUCAUGGUGGGCAAGGAAUGGUUGAGAAAGGACAGUUGGUGGUGAUAGAAAGCUGUUUUAAUGGUAUGAGGAAUGUCUGAAAAGUGCGCACAAAGGGCUCUGCAGCUCAAGUCCGUGUAGGAGCGGUUUGAUACUUCGCUAUUGGUGAGAAAAUGUAAGGUUACUUUGUGCUUUUAAGUUGGUUUUACAGUUCUCUCCUAAGGAAAUAAUUUGUGUUGGGGGAGGGAAGAUUCUAUUUUCUAUAUUCUUGUGGAGAAAAACCAAACUUUAGGGGUGUUGAGUGGUAUUGGGGAAAGAUGAAUAAUAACUCUGGAGAGUCAAGAUUUUAAAUGAAGCUUUUCUUUUCAAACGAUUUAUGAAAAAGCAUGAUUUGGGGAAAGUUUAAGCAAAUCUGGCUUUGCAGUCCUUAUGUUAUAAGUGAUUUUGUUUGUGAUCAAGGCAUCAUGCUUAGGUAGUCAGUCCAGAAUGCUACCUAACAAAAAAAACCAUACCAUCAUCAGUGGUUAACAACCAUGGGGAUUCUGUUAUGUCAAAGAUUGCUCUUUGCAAGUGCCUUGAUUAAGCCAGAAUAUUAUGUUGUUCCUAAAUAUCUGAAGGGUCAUCUGAUAAUUCAUGAGUGACUUUAUAAGAAGGUCCAUUCUGUAUACUGGCAUCCUGUUUGUGAUACUGUUACAUCUCUGAGAGUGUUGCCAGCGUACACAAUUCGAAUCCUUCAUAUUGAAGGUGACUCAUUUUUCUGCCACACUUUUUCGACAUGAUGUUGGAAGUGAGGACUGACACUGAUUCUCAGUUCAAGAAUCCAGUACGUUGCACAUAAAAGUAGCAAUCUAUUUCUUGCCUAUAUUUGUGUUAAGUCUUUCUACCAAUUUCUUUGAAGUAAAAGUAUUUUUUUUAAAUGGAUGUGAAUUGUUUGGAUGUAUUGUAAUAUAAUUGUUUUGGGGUGUGUAUAUAUCCAUUCUAUAAGAUCAUAAGAAUGAGUCCUUGAAUGUUUGCUUCUAUCAUUGUGCACAUCCAUUGGGAGGUGUUCAGAGAAUGCAGUUGAAUUUAACAUGUGUGAUCUGCCAUGCUGGAAAAGUACUAUUGGAAUAACUCUGCUAUGACAGUAUUUGAGGUUUGGCUAGCACCCACAAUUUUUCUACUGUAAAUGUUUCACUCUCCUAUAGCUGUCCUUUGUGAACUUCUCACUUUAAAGAAUAAAAGUGUUUGAUACAAGA